AGCAGACAUUUGAAAGGUUUUAUAGAAUUUUGUAAACAUAAAAAUAAAUUUACGUGUAUCUUUUCAUAACUAGUGUUUUAAUUAGAAUAAUCUAAUUAUUUAUUCAGAGAUGACAUAUAUUUCAUUAAAUCUUUUUGUUCUCGUCACAAUUUGUGUAACACUAAUCUUUAGCGAGUUUACCGAUCAAGACUGCAAAGAUCUUGGAUUUAUCAAGUCAAAGUUAGUAUGUUCAUCAUGUGAUAAUUUAAAAGAAUUUGGGCUUGAGGAGAAGAAGGAUCAUUGUUAUCAGUGCUGUCAAAAAGAAAGUCGUAGUUCUGGAAUAAAGAAAAGAUAUCCCAAAGCUGUUUUGGAAGUUUGUACAUGCAAAUUUGGUGCUUAUCCUCAGAUUCAAGCCUUCAUUAAAUCAGAACGGCCGAGUAAAUUCAAGAAUCUUCAAAUCAAGUAUCUCCGCGGCCUUGACCCACAAAUCAAACUCUAUAACAAGAAAGGAAAUAUCGUUGAGACAUUGAGUAUCACUAAAUGGAACACAGACACAGUUACCGAAUUCUUUGAAACGCAUUUGGAGCAGGAAAAUGAGGAUGGAGAAGAUGACAGAGAUUAUUUAAAGACUAACCGUAUUUAAUUCAAUUUAAAUGUUAAUUGAAUAAAUAAAAAAAUUCUAAAGGAAAAACCGAAAUAAUUUUUAUGCCGUGUCAUGGACCAUCAAUAAUGUCCAUAAUUGAAAGAAAUUCCCAUUAAAGACGCUAAAAG